UCCACAGAAGGCAGUACUUAAACUUGUAAGAUCUCAGAGUGAUGCCAGUUCAAUUGCAUCUGAUGACACAAUAAUAUUGCCUCAUGCAAUGACUCCAGAAAGGACCCAGAGAUGGCCGGAUGUUUGUCCAGUGCCAGCUUUUUCUUAUGAAGUAGAACUCAUACUUGUUGAGGGAAAUUUGAAUCAUGAGAGAACAGGGAAAACCCUGAAGUUAUCAAGGGGACAGAAGCAUGACAUUCUUGAAACCCUUGCAUCCAAAAUGCAUAGCUUUAAAGCAUAUCCCAGUGAUAAAGACAUUUCAGUGGUUGCAGAAGCGCUUGUCACCACCCAUCCUUGUCUUAAAGAACCAGGAACGCAGACAGGAUGGUAUGGUUGGAAAAAUAGUCUGAAGUUUAAGAUGGGUAACUUCUGCACUAAGUUGAGUCGGGCAGGAUAUAGUGAGGUAGCUGUAAAUUCUGGAAAGAGAAGCAGAAACAACCCUGACAAACAAUCUCCCCACACUGACAUAAAGAGACCAAAAAGGGCAGAAGUGAAUUUUCUCCCCAACUUUCCAAAAGGAGAAGAUGGUUCAAGCCUUGAGCGACAGAGACUCCAGAUUGUAGAUGAAGUUAUAAGGACUGACAAAAACCUCCCUCUGAUUGCAAAGUUGAUGCAGACCACCUUUUCCCUGCGACGCAAAGAGGUCAUCAAUGAUGACUUGCCUGUUGGAGAGAUCCUGGAGCGCUGGCCUGCCCUAAAGAUGGAGUCACAGAUUUGUGCAGAGUUUCACAGAAUCACAAACAUCAACCUGAAGAACCACUUCUAUUCUGAGUUAGACAGACAUGUCCCUCGUCUUCAGAGUUUGUUCAGGAAGAAAGCUGCGCGCACAGGGAAGGUGUCUGAAGUCCUGGAUCAGCUCUUCAACACUUAUGACCGCCAGGAACAAGUUGACGUCAAUGUCCUCCGUGCUGCCGUCCUCCGUGCUCUCCCUACAUAUCUGCAUGAGGAUGACUCCGGAUUUCUGAAGCUGUGGGAUCGCCAAACUUUGAGAAGCCCUUUAAACUUCAGGUGGACGCAAGUGGAGUUGGUGCAGGAGCUGUACUGUUGCAAGAAGGGAAGGGGGCUAUUGAUCAUCCAGUCUGCUUCUUCUCCCGGUUUGGCGUCAUCUGGUGGUUGGCGGUGGCAUGCCUGCUGGUCGUGGGGAGACUCGCCAGCUGGUCGUGGGGAGACUCGCCCACCUACCUGCUGAUUGCGGAUGGGCUUCACCUGGGUGGAAGGGCAUACAAGCCGGGCUGCCAGAGCUUUCAGGGGGUUCCUCGGGUCAGAUUGGACUUAUCUCCCUCUGCUCUUGCAUUUUUUUGGUGGUUCUGAAAUAAACUAAAACCUAAGCAAGUUGACUGUGUGGACCUCCAUUUUGAAUGUUAGGGCCUACACGAGCUGGCCGUAACACUAGGAGGCUGCCACAAAGAGCUUGGUAACGCUGAUCAUUAGGAGGCUGCCACAAGAAGCUUGGAAACGUUGAUCAAACUGCAAAAGAUGACAACACAUUAAGUUGUGAGUGCAAGUACCAGAAUACCCAGAAAUGCAGACAAGUCGAAAUUGAAUUAGAGCUCUGACCAAUGAAAAGAGAUAAAAUUUGAACAUUUAGAAUGGACUAGCAAUUAUUUUACAAACAAAUAAGCUUCAAUAACUAAGAUCAAGUCAUGAAAUUAUUUUAAAUUCUGCCAUUUUAUUAAAAUAUCAAACACACAGGAACAACAUUAACCUUCCUGCAUGUAUUCACUGACAAUUUGUAACCUAGAAUGUACAUUUACUGCUUAACCGACAGCUUUACUGAAGGAGAGUUAAAUAUGAAUGUCACAGCAAAGGGUCUGAAUACUUAUGACCAUGUGAUAUUUCAGUUUUUCUUUUUUAAUAAAUUUG